AUGACACCCAUUGGAACCACACCCAAUAGGCUAGUGUACGGUAAAAAUUGUCAUUUACCCGUGGAGCUUGAACACAAAGCCUAUUGGGCUUUGAAAACAUGCAAUUUCGAGCGAAAUGAGUUGCGUGCAAAUCGACUCUUCCAAAUGAAUGCUUUGGAAAAACUGAGAUAUGAGUCUUAUACUAAAUCAUUGAUUUAUAAAGACAAGACCAAGAGCUGGCAUAAUACAAGGUUGAAGGGUAAUAAAGAGUUUGAGAAAGGACAAAAAGUUCUCUUGUACAAUUCAAGGUUAAAGCUCUUUCCGGGAAAAUUACGCACUCGUUGGACUAAACCUUUUACAAUCAAGCGUGUAUUUUCAUAUGGGGUGAUUAAGCUAUGUAGUAAAGACCGGUCAAGCUUCAAAGUCAAUGGUCAUCGGGUGGAGAGAUAUGAAGAAGGAACGCUAAAAGAUGAAGGACUUGAAGAAGGGCAAGAUUUGAAGGUCUCCGCUGAAACGUAG